CACAAUCAGUUCACACUAAUACUUCACACAAUCCAUUGCUAACAUCCUGCAAUGCAUCAUCUACUUUCAUCAACUCCUCCAUUAAACACAUGCAUACAUCUCAUCCAUUCUCGCUUCAUUAACUCCAACGUGAAAACAAUCAACACACAUUCCGUUCAACAGUUCUCUCAUUUCAUUCAUGUUCUCACACGUCAAUGCGACACAUUCACCAUUCCAAUAGCUCAGCAUAACAAUGCCAAUUCUACACCACACUCUCAUACACUCCAACUCCACACAGUAGAUAUUCAUUCGGAAUACUCAACAAAACUCAAUCUCCACUAUGCUGAAUAUCUCCAUGCAAAUGUGCACAUGCAUUGAGGCACAUUUCUCUAAUCUCACGUAUUCUCACAUUUCAUAUUGAUCAAUAUAUAUUUAUAUAUUUAUAUAAAUAUAUUUAUCAAAUUUGUGCAUUCACACUCAAUCAACAUUCUCGAUAAUUACACUCAUUU